GAUAACAGUUAUACAGCAGGUUUCUGGCGACAGAAUGAAGAUCAUCAUGUUUUUCCCACUUCUGCUUCUAGUCUGCUCUGUUUCAGCAGAUCAGACUGAGACUGAAGUCCAACAGUCCAAUACACAGGACAUCAAUGCUGUGCUGAGAGAGCUGACUGCCUCAUUGGCUGUGCAGAAUGAGAGGAUCACUGUCCUACAGAGAGAGAAUGAAGAACAAGCAGCAACGUUGGAGAGUCAGAAAACUGAACUGCAGAGUCAGAAAACGGAGAUCGACGAGCUGAAACAGGAGCUACAAGUCAAACAGGUUGCUUUCUCAGUCUCUCUGCUGGGUCAAGGCCGUGGAGACACUGGACCCUAUGACGCAAAUACUACUCUGAUCUUCAAACGUGUUGUCACAAACAUUGGAAAUGCAUACAACCCACACACAGGUAUUUUCACUGCACCAGUGAGAGGAGUCUACCACUUUGAGUUGCACAUGUUUGGAUAUGGAGACAUUCAGACAGGUGGUGUGUUGUUCAAGAAUAGAAAGCUCAUUUGUAUUGCAUAUGAAGCUCCAACAUCUGGUCGUGUGAGUGCAUCUAAUGGAGCCUCACUGCUUCUAGAGGUUGGAGAUCAGGUGUCUGUACUUCUCCAUGCUAAUACAAGGAUACAUGACAAUCAUAACCAUCAUACCACCUUCAGUGGUCAUCUGAUUUUCACCAUGUGAGAGGUGUGACUGCUCCAACACUUCCUGUUUGGACUGGAAGUAAAUCACCUGCUGGAAUCAGUUUCUUGCUCUCUCUCUCUUCCUGGUUGGGUUCUAGUUUUGUGUUUAUUUGUUUCUACGUCUCCUCUGAUUCUACUGACUCAGAUAAUUUACUUCUUCUUGUGAUCUUUGAUUUAAAUAAAUCCAGUUAAAUGCUCAGUGAUUCUCUUCUCUUUGUCCUGAGUCGGCUCUUCAUAAAGUGCUGCUCCUCGAUUAGGUAAUGACUAUUUUCAAUACGUUGGUAAACUGCAUUAUUUUUUUAUUGGCUCCACUGUCCUGUGUUGGUCAGUCUGUUAUUUUGGUGACUGCUGGCCCACAUGUUUGCUUUUAACUGGAGUCUUUAGUAUUAAGUUUAGCAAAAUCCAACAGUUACUCUUUUUUCUCUUCUUUGAUAAUCAUGCAGAUAUUUUUCUUAAACACUUAAAAGAUGUUAAACUUAAUCUGACUAUCAUGAUAAAAAUGUAAACAGCUGAUUUAGUUUGAUAUAAAAUGUGUGUCAGUGCUGUGGAGGAAUUUCUAGAAGCUGAAAUGUUUCUUUAUUUUUCAUCUGUAUCUGAAUCCAGACACAGAUAACUGACUGUAAACUUACUCGGGUUCAUUUCUUUCAAUUCUUUAGUUUCAAAAUAAAAGCAUCAUUGAACUGACA